AUGUCAAAAACUACUGGUAAUAAUAAUAAUCGAAUUAGUGCAUUAAAACGUCUUAGUAGUAAAUCAUCUCCAAUAAAUAAUAAUAUUAAUCGUCGUCAAUUAAUUGGAACAAAAAAUUCAUUAGUACAAGAUGCACGAGAAUUAUUAAUUAAUCGAAAUCAAUCAUCAUCAUCAUCAUUUGAUGCUAGACAAUUAUUAAGUCGACAAUCAUCAAAAACAUUAACAAAUACAAUUGUACGAAAAAAUCUUUUACAAAAUAAACAAGAAAUUGAUAAUAAUAAUGGAAAAAUGGUUGUUGUUACUGGACUUAAAGAUAUGAAAAUGAAAGAUGGACGACUCAUUCCAACAGCAACAACCAGUAGUAUUGAAAUUGAAAAAAAGAAAAAAAUUUUUGCUGUUGGACCAUCUACAUUUGUUACUAUUCGUAAUAAUAGUAAUUCAAAUAGCAAUUCGACUCAAUCAACGGAAAAAUUUUCUUUUACUAAAACAAUUACAAAUCCAUCUGUUCGUAUUGAAAAUGAUAUUCGUUCUUCUCAAACUACAACUACUCUUUCAUCUUUAUCUGAUCAAAAAGUUGUUAUUAGUUUUGUUAAUGAUCAAUAUCAAAAAAUUCCUAAACCAUCACAACCCACAAUAAGUUCAUCAUCAUCAUCACCAUCACCAUCCAUCCAGCAACAUCAUCCACCUCCAAUGAUUAAACGUUUACAUGAUGCUUCUAUUCAAACAACAUCAUCAUCCUCAUCUCGAUCACCUAUUCGGAUGAGUUCUCAUCGACGUCAUACUAGUACUACAAUAGAUGAUGAAGAUCGUAUAAGUUAUCAAUCAAUUAAUGAUGAUCUUUAUGAACCUCCAGUGAAACGUACAGCUUCGUCCACACGAAAAACAACAACAACAACAACAACAACAGCAGAUAAAGAACAACAAGGUUUAUCGACUGUAGCAUCUACAGGUUCUGUUAAACGAACAUCAACAGGUGUACCAAUCAGUUCAAGAAUAACAUCUAAUACCUCGACAGUAUCAAAACCAAUAUCAACAACACAAUCAAUUUCAAUACCGGGAACAAUAUUAGUCACAAAUCUUCAACCAUCUGUUACAGAAGAAGAUGUUAUUGAAUUAUUUAGUGAAAUUGGUCGUAUAAAUGAAAUAACAACAUUAAGUCAAGGUUGUGUUCAAAUUAUUUAUACUAAACGUGAACAUGCUGAACAAGCGGUUACUAAAUAUCAUAAUCGUUUAUUAGAUGGACAAUUUAUGUAUGUUAGUCUUCAACAAUCAUCAUCUUAUUCAAAAAUAACAAACAAUAUUCAACCAUCAGCAAAAGAAAAUGGAACAUCGAUUAGUUCUUCAUCAAUAACUACUGAUCAACCAUUAAAAUUAAAUUCAACAAAUAAUACUACAAAUAAAAUUACUAUUGAUCCAGCAUUUAUCCGUCAAGCACUUUUUCAUCCGUCGAAUAAUACAACAAAUCCUGUACAAUUUCAAGUUAAACUCUAA